AUGACCGCGCUAGCCCGAGCUAUGGCAGCGGCGCUGCUGCUGGGACUUAUGCUCCCUCUGACUUCUUGUGCUCCGAGAAGAGGAGGUUCUAGAGGGGGCAAUGUUGACAGGGAAAUGCGUUCGAGAAGGAACAACUGCGAGAAGGAAGUAUGCUCUGGGCUCAUCGGAGAGGCGAGGCUUUCUUGCACGUACAAGUGUAUAUCACCCGCGUGCUAUGAGGAGAUAUACGCCAAGGAUGAGCUAGAGGAGGGAGAGGUAGACACAGAGCGGAGUAGGCUCUUUUCAGCAUGCUUCAGGAAGGAGCACAGAGCACAGCAACAAACAGCGUUGGAUGAAGCGCGUCAGGAAAGAGAAAACAGGAAGUGA